AAGUAGUCGCAACAAAAGUUAAGAGUACAAACAAACAGUGGUAAAUUAAUUUUUAUAUCUCCCAUGGAUGAAUUGAAUUCAUUUUUAAAGAAAGAGUUAAAAUUAAAAUGCGGAGAAAUAUAUUUGAAUAAAAAAGAAAGUAAUAAAAUAAUUUUAACGUGCAUUAUUUGCGAACUGCAAUUUGAAUCUUUAGAACAUUUUUCAACACAUAUUGUAAACGAGCACUUUACUUGUGAUUUUGAGGCUCAAUUUUCAAAUUCAUCAAAUGAUUCCGAAAAUAUAAACAAUUUAAAAUGCAAAUGUUUUCUAAAUGAAAGAUCACGCGAUAAUAAAGUAAAUAACUGUAGAGCGUUUUUGAAGACGGAAUAUGAAAUUUCGGCCGAAGAAAAAUUUAUAGACAAACAAAAUUUCGAAUUGGACUUAAAAGAAGAUUCGAAUAAAACAAAAAAAGUUCGUUAUAAAAAAGGAUUCGGAAAAGUUUUGGAAAAAAGUCUAAAAAAGAGCUUUAAAUGUCCAAUAUGCCCGGAAUAUUUUGAAAUAGAAGAUAAAAUAGAACAUAUGAAAAAACAUGAACAUUUCAAAAGGUUUAUUUGUGAAUUAUGCGGAAAAGGGUUUCAGAAAAAUUAUGAAUUGGUCCGACACAUGAAUACUCAUGGUGGAGAAAGAUCAUUUAAAUGUGAACUUUGUUCAGCUACAUUUUAUAGCAAAAUAAUUCUCACGCGCCAUGAAAUGACUCACCUUAACUAUAAGCCAUUUAAGUGCAACGUUUGCCAAGCAUUAUUCAAAUUGAAAAGAUCACUUCAAUUACACGAAGCAAAACAUAAAUUUUCUAUUUCAAAAGAUGCAGGCUUCGAAUGUGAUGUUUGCCAAAAAAAAUUCAGUUCAAACAUAAAUUUAACAGCACACCGCAGCAGACAUAAAGCAGAAAAAAAGCAAUUUGAAUGCUCCAAAUGCCCUAGAAGUUUCACUUUAAAAUAUGACUGCACUUCCCAUGAGCGUUUAGAACAUAAGGGGGAGUAUAAUUACAAAUGUAGAUUCUGUGAUAAAACUUUUAUUAAAUGUUCAAAAAAAAAUUAUCACGAGGAAUCACACACACGGGUGGGUCAACCAUUCUCUUGUGAUUUAUGUCCAAAUAAGUAUGCAACGAAGCAAGGUCUUUACAAGCAUAAGAAAAGAAAUCACAUUUCAAACAAACCUUCUCCGGAUUUAAAGUGUCAUAAGUGUGAUAAAACAUUUAAAUUUCAAAAUGAGUAUUCUGAGCAUUGUAGGAAACACGUUUUAGAAAAAUACCAAUUUGUUUGUUUUGAUUGUGGGGCAAAUUUUGUAAACGAAAUAAAUUUGAAAAAUCAUAUGAAUGUUGUUCACAGUACUUUAAAUAAAAUAUAGUCAAAUAUGUAU